UACACACUCGCGCACACACCUUGUUACUGAGAGAAUCUGCUUCUGCUGACUGGCCAACGUCCCAGAGUAGACUUGCUUAGAGAAAGGGAACAAGACAGAGAGGAAAGUUUUAGGCAUUAUUGCCAACCUAGAGAAUAGUACGUAGUGGUAGUAGAUACAGGUGCGAGAGGUCAAAUACAUUCAUUGAUUGGUAGAGAAAUAGUAGCUAAGAGAAGUUUAGAAGAGUUGCUGUAAAUUGUUGCUUGCAAGUUGGAGUUGCUCUGCUCUAGUUGUUGGGUGUUUGCUGUCAUUGAGGUCUUUUUUUAGUACUUUAUUUUUACACUGGGACUGUGUUCUUGCACAUCGGGUCACUUGUGUGCUCUUCAGCUCUCCAUCUGCAAGUAAGUGUGUGUGUGUACUCAUCAGUGUGUACUUGAAACCUGGCCAUGGCCGACACAGACUUCAAACUGGAGCGUGCAGUCUUUGCAGAAGUCUCUGAUGACGAUGAGGAGGUCGCCUUAGUAACGGCUGCAGCCAAAACUUCCAAAACAGCCAAAGUAUUAACCUCAAGACAUGGCAACAACAAUGAUGAUGAUGAUGAUGAUGAUGAUGACCCAGGGAAGGAGGUCGACCUGGUGUUGGGGCCAGGACUUGAUGGAGGUGGCAGUGGUGGAGUUGAGAAGUCAGAGGCCCAGGCUACUGGCGUGAUGGUUUUGGCUCUCCUAGAUAAAAUCAUAGGUGUGGUGGACCAAAUCCAGCAAACUCAGACAGGUCUAGAGGCCAAGCAGGAGACAAUAGAGAAGAACAUGAGCACCAUCCAGACUGAGCUGGCCAAGCUGGCGAAGAGUCAUGUAGGAACAGACGGGACAGUCAACAAGCUGCUGGAUAAGGUGCGGAAGGUCAACGUCAACGUGAAAAGUGUGCGUUCAGACCUGGAAAAGCAGGUGGGACAAAUAAAAAAACUGGAGAACAAUGAGCGUGAGCUCCUAAAGCGGAGGAACUUCAAAGUGCUCAUCUACCAGGACAAAAAACCUGUGAAGGUCUCUAAGAAGCCAGUGGAUGUAGGAGAAGGUGAGCAGGUGCUGAGUGAAGGUGGAGAGGAAGAGCAUGGCUCUGAAGAGGAAGUGGAGGUGGAGGAGAUCAUAGAGGAAUCUCGUGCUGAGCGCAUCAAACGCAGCGGCAAGCAGAAGGUGGACGAGCUAAAGAAGGCCUUCAGCAAGGAGCAGAUGGAGAAGACCAGACAGAAAACCAAGGAGAACCUGGAAAAAACCCGACAGAGAACUAAAGAGAACCUGGAGAAGACACGUCAAAGAACCCGAGAGAACCUUGAGAAGACUAAGAAGAGCCUGGGCAAGAAGAUGGGUAAGUUGGGAACAAAGAUGACGCCUAACACCGAGCGCAGAGAGAAAAUUCGCAGUUCAAGAGAGAAGAUGAAGAAGUCGCUGACACCUGACCACACUGUCUAUGCCCGCUCCAAAUCGACCACCUAUCGUGUACCACCCUUCACGUUCCACGUGAAGAAGAUCCGUGAAGGAGAGACUGAGCCCACACCAGAGCCUAAACCAGAUGAGGAACAGGAGGAGCAGGAUGAGGAGGUCCAGGAGGGUCUUGUGGUGCAGGAAGGAGUAGGCCUAGUGUCACAGGUGGAGGAGGGUGAACUAGUCAGUCUUGACAGCGCAGAGAUGGAGGCCUUGCUAGAAGCGGCUGAUCACUCACGGUUGGUGUUUCAGGAUAUGGUGAGGCCAAGGGAGAAGGCCGGCCAGUAAGUCCAACCAGUGUGCCGAGCCUGGGGAAAAGCUCAACACGGAUAAGUCGCGUGGAGGUCUGGAGAUGAAUAAGGAUAAACGGAUGUAGGGAAUUCCGACUUGCCUGAGGAUUGAUUAAAAAAGAAAAGAAAAGAAAUGUGACAUAGACUGGACCUUUGGCUGAACAUUUUUUUUUUUUUGUUUGUUUGAUUGUUCCUCUUAUCUAUUGAAACCCAAGGUUGAGAUUUUUAUUUUCAAUGGUCAGUUUCUAAAAUUGACUAAUGGUCCCUUUUAUUUUCAUUUUGAAGAAUUGUACAUGAUCUUUAGACAUGCUUUGGCAUGAUCUUAAAAAACAUGACUGUUAUGUAGUAUUUUCACAAAAGGUGGAUUAUUUUCACUAACAAUUAAUUUAAAUACCCUUAUGAUUUAGAUCCUAUUUGAUGGCAUAUAGUAUUAACUUAAUUAUCAUUCAUUUGUAAUCAAGGCAACCUGGUGGCAACCAGAUAGUCUCUAUAUAAA